GCGCUGAGAGUGGAGAUCAGUGGAGAUGGAGCACUGAUAUGAGAUAGAGACGGAAUUAAUUAUUUAUUUAAAUAAUUCAAACGUAAUAUAACAUAUAAUCAUGGAACACAAAUUCAAUAAUAUCCUUCAGGAUGAUAAUUCAUACGAGGCUGCUUUGAAAGCAUUAUGUAAUUUACAAAGCACUGCUCGCUAUUUAAAAUCAGGAGUAAAAAACAAUCCUAAUGAUUUUAGUAAAUUAUCUGAAACAAAAAAAUAUUUACUCCGAUGUGGUAUUACAUGUGAAAAAUUGGAUACUUUAUCUGUUAUACAUGUAGCAGGUACAAAAGGAAAGGGUUCCACUUGUGCAUAUACAGAAGCUAUCUUGCGUGAACACAACUUUAGCACAGGAUUUUUCAGUUCUCCACAUUUGGUUAAUGUAAGAGAACGUAUAAGAAUAAAUGGACAACCAUUAAGUGAAAUAUGUUUCAGCCAACACUUUUGGAAAGUUUAUAAGAAACUAGAAGAUAGGAAAGAACAUGAAUUUGAUAUGCCUACGUAUUUUAAAUUUAUUACAAUUUUAAUGUUUAACGUAUUUUUAGAUGCUAACGUGGAUGUUGCUAUAAUUGAAGUUGGAAUUGGGGGGGAAAAUGAUUGUACAAAUAUUGUAAGAAAUACUGUCUGUGUGGGUAUAACUAGUUUAGCAUUAGAUCAUACAUCUACAUUAGGUAAUACUAUCGAGGACAUAGCUUAUCAAAAGUCCGGAAUUUUUAAGCCAAAAACCACUGCUUUCACCGUUCCACAGCUACCUCGAGCAAUGUGUGUAUUAGAGAAGAGAGCUGUAGAAAAGAAUUGUAUGUUAGAUCUUGUUUGUCCCUUUGAAGAAUAUAGAUGGGGAAAUCUUUCACCUAUUCUGAAGAUAACAAGUAAUAUCCAACAACAGAAUGCAUCCUUGGCUAUUCAAAUGGCUACUACAUGGAUGACUAAAACAGAUAAAUAUUCAGAUAUUCUGCAUAAUGCUGAAAAUGAUAAUCAAUUUUACAAUAAGUAUAAAGAAAAUACUCAGCUAAAUAGAGUCAUAAAGUCAAACAUAAUAUUCAUGGAUAAAAUUGCAGUAGGUAUAUCUUCUUGUAAAUGGCCAGGUAGAAUGCAAAUUUUAGAAACUAGUAUUGCUAAUUUUUUCUUAGAUGGUGCGCACACGAUUGAAAGUAGCGAAUGUUGUAUUUCUUGGUUUAACGAUGUAAUUAGUAAAAGAAGGGGGAAGAGGUUUCUAAUUUUUAAUACAUCUGGGACUCGCGAUUCGGAAAAGUUAUUAGUACCGUUAAAAUCUUUACAUUUUUAUAAAGCAUAUUUUGUACCAAAUUUUGCAGGGAUUAAAAGUAUAGACGAUGAAACGAACUGUUCGUCGAUGGAUGAACAAAGACAUAAGUGUGAAAUUAAUGCCAAUAUAUGGGGAACGGAUUCACUAGUUAAAAAUAGCGUUAAUGAAGUUUUCCAGGAUAUAAAAAAGAAUUUUGAAAAGGAAGUUAAUCACAAUAACGACGAGAAAUAUCAAAUCCUUAUUACGGGAUCGUUACAUUUAGUAGGUGCAGCUCUUACUAUCUUAGAUCCCAAUUUAACGAUGAGUUCGCAGUAUUGCUUCGAAAUAAGCAACUGUCCCCUCUUCUUUGUUUGAAGUCGCCCGCAAAGUGAGAGGUACGAGAAAUGAGUGAG